AGAGAUAGACGACGCUUCCAAACUGGUCUUUUCUUCGUUGGACGCUAAACUUAUAUCAUCAAAGAAAACUCAUGUCGACUUUGAAGGUAGUAGCGAUUGAUUUUGGUACAACAUUUUCUGGCUAUGCGUAUUUUUCUGAACACGAAUACAAGAGAGACCCGUUGAAGACAUCCACAAAUGCAGAUACUGGAAGGUUGGCGUCAUAUAAGACCUCGAGUUGCGUUCUUUUUGAUCCGACAAGAAACUUUCAUUCAUUCGGUUAUGAAGCUGAGGAAAACUACUCCGCUCUUAAGGGCAAGAACCAUGAUUGGUAUUACUUCAGAAAUUUCAAAAUGAUGGUGUAUGAUAAGAUGGGUUUGACUAGAGAAACUCUUAUUAAAGAUGGCAAAGGAAAGACAAUGGAAGCAAUAACAGUAUUUUCUUCUGCUAUUGGAUAUUUAAAAAGUCAUCUGUUUACCAACUUCAAGAAACAGUCGACCAGCAUACUAGACGAGUCUGGUAUAACGUGGGUUUUAACAGUGCCAGCCAUUUGGGACGACAAAUCGAUACAAUUUAUGAGAGAAGCUGCAGAAAAGGUUGGUAUAUGCAGAGAGAGGUUAAUACUUGUCCUCGAGCCGGUAGCAACUACUUUGUACUGCAAAAAACGUUUUCCUUUACAAAAAGGCACUUCACAUAACGUGUUCAAAUCCGGAGAAAAGUACAUGGUCAUUGAUGCUGGAGGAGGAACAACAGAUAUCACUGUCAAUGAGAUGAGGACCGAUGGAUCUAUAAGGGAACUCCACAAAGCUAGCGGAUGUGAUUGGGGUGGAAAAAAUGUAGAUUCAUCAUUUAUAAGUGUCUUGGCUGAUAUUGUCGGAAAAGACGUUAUGGAGAACUUCAGUGUGAUUAACGAUUACGAUUUUCUUGCCCUUCUGAACGAUUUUGAAAUGAAAAAGAGGACAAUCAGCCCUGAUCUAAAUGAAAGUGUUACUAUUAAAGUCCCCAAAAGCUUGCCUGAAACUUUUUCCGAAAGAAACCCGAGAAGCAAAAUUACAGAUGUCAUAUUAAACUCCAAAUACAAAGACCAAUUGACUUGGAUAGAACAUGAAAUUCGAAUGGAUGCUAAUCUUGUCAAGACUUUAUUUGAUGAAAUCUGCAUGCAGAUAGUAGACUACUUGAAUGAUCUUUUCACGGUUCCUGCAUUCACAGAUGUAUCAUGCAUCCUACUGGUAGGAGGCUUUGCAGAGUCUCUCAUGUUACAAACGGCUAUAAAAGAGGCAUUCGAAAACAAAAAAAUUGUUAUACCGAAGAAGGCUGGUUUGGCUAUGUUGAAAGGAGCGGUAUAUUUUGGACAACAAUUCAGGUAG